AAUAGAAGCUGCCAAUUCGUAAAUAUUUAACACUUUUGAUUGACGGCGUGGGGAUAUUUUCAAAUAUUGAAAAGUUUACUGCAGAAACUAGGCCGUUGUACGGUGCUUGAGAGUCCUAGCAAUUUACACACUCAAAACAACAUGAACAAAGCUGACAGUCACCACAUCCUGUUAAUAUGGUGAAGAAACCCACGCUGAUUGCUUUUGAUCUUGACUUCACUUUGUGGCCAUUUGCAGUGGACAUGUCGGCAUAUGUGGCCCCGCCAUUUAGUAAGAAUAUGAAUGGGCAGGUAGUGGAUACCCGGUCGAGAAAGAUAAAACAUUUUAAGGAGGUGCCCAGUAUACUGAAGCGGCUCCACCAUGAAGGCUACAUCUUGGCUAUUGCAUCACGCACUGGAGACCCCGAGGCUGCACGUCAGCUCUUGAAACUCUUUAAUUGGGAAAAAUACUUCACAUACAUAGAAAUCUAUCGAGGAUCAAAGAUUACACACUUUAAGCGAUUUAAAUCAGAAUCUGGAAUUGACUUCAGUGAAAUGCUGUUAUUUGAUGAUGAACACAGGAACAAGAGGGACCUUGACACUAUUGGCGUUAUGAUGAUAAUGGUCAUUGGUGGAGUGACUCACAAAUUGGUUACAGAGGGAUUAGACAAAUUUUCUAACUCAUAUGAACAGAAGUAAAUGUAAAAAUAUACGUGGUUAAACUAAUACAGUUGUAUACUGUACUAUUUAAACUUUUAAUAAAUAUAAAGAUUAUCUUGUUUAUAAUUACAGUACUUGCUUUGUACUGUACACGUUUAUGAUCUAGAAUUCACCUACCACAAAAUCAUUUUAUUUAUGAAAACAAACCCACCAAAUAUUUUAAUAUGCUGUAAGUCUAUACUGUACACAAUAUAUUGGUAACUGGA